AUGUCAUUAGUUCACCGUGAUGCAAGUUCAAAUGCUGAUAGGAGAUUUUGGAAUAAUAUAUUUUUAAGAAAUGAAAUUCAUAAACAUAUUUUAAAGUUUAUUGAACAUAAUGUUGUAGAAUUAAAUAGAUCAAGUUAUGACCAGUUUAAAGAUAAAUCAUAUAUAACAUCACUUGAAUGGCAUGGUGAUACACUACCAGAUAAAAAUGAAUUUCCACCAUUUUUGAUAAAUUUAUAUUUGUGCACUUUUAAUAAAAUGUUAACUCCAACAACUUUACCAAAUACAAUUACUACACUCACAUUUGGUGAUGAUUUUAACCAAGUAGUUAAACCCGGCACAUUACCAAAUAGUCUUACAACACUCACAUUCGGUUAUGGUUUUAACCAAGUAGUUCUAUCUGGAACACUACCAAAUAGUCUUACAACACUCACAUUCGGUCAUGAUUUUAACCAAGUAGUUCUUCCUGGCACAUUACCAAAUAGUCUCACAACACUCACAUUCGGUGAUGAUUUUAAACAAAUAGUUCCACCUGGCACGUUACCAAAUAGUCUCACAACACUCACAUUCGGUUAUUGUUUUAACCAAGUAAUUCUUCCCGGCACAUUACCAAAUAAUCUCACAACACUCACAUUCGGUUAUGAUUUUAACCAAGUAGUUAAACCCUACACAUUACCAAAUAAUCUCACAACACUCACAUUCGGUAAUGAUUUUAACCAAGUAUUUCUACCCGGCACAUUACCAAAUAGUCUUACAACACUCACAUUUGGUUAUUGUUUUAACCAAGUAGUUCUACCUGGCUCAUUACCAAAUAGUCUUACAACACUCACAUUCGGUUAUUGUUUUAACCAAGUAGUUCUACCUGGCUCAUUACCAAAUAGUCUUACAACACUCACAUUUGGUAGUUAUUUUAACCGAGUAGUUCUACCUGGCUCAUUACCAAAUAGUCUAACAACACUCACAUUUGGUCAUAGUUUUAACCGAGUAGUUAAACCUGGCACAUUACCAAAUAGUCUUACAACACUCACAUUCGGUGAGUGUUUUAAAAAAGUAGUUCCACCUGGUUUAUUUAAAAUUAAUAAAAAAUAA